UGUAAAAUCAAGGAAGUGAAUACUUUCCCUUCUCUAAAUCCAAUUCCUUCUUCCACUAUUGGUGUUAUCAUCAAAGCCGUAUCCAUCGAUGUUUCUUUCUGAUAAACUUGCACCACACUUCAAUUUCACACUCUUUUCUCAUUCCCACACCCACCAGUUUGCGUUAGAGGGCUUCCCUCGCUUCUCCGAGAAAAGGGCUGGUACCCUUUUCAUGCCAUGGCACUUCCCUGAACUGAAGAACAAUAGCCGUUUGUGCCUCACCUUCCAUGGAAGAAGGCUUUGUUCAAGUUUCAGCAAUGACAGUACACCAGAGCUAUCAGAUGCAUACAGCCAUGAAGGUUCAUCUGACAGUGAAGAGAAUAAGAAAGGAAAGUCUCUGUCAAGCAAUGAGAUCCUGAAGAAACUGAGGAGAUAUGGAAUUUCUGGAAUCCUAUCCUAUGGACUUUUGAACACUGCAUACUAUCUCACAACGUUCCUUUUUGUGUGGUUUUACAUUGCUCCAGCACCUGCAAAGAUGGGCUAUGGUGCAGCUGUAAAAAGAUUUCUCAAAGUGAUGGCCAUGGUGUGGGCUGGUAGUCAAGUCACUAAACUUGUAAGAGCUGGAGGAGCAUUGGCACUGGCACCUUUUGUUGACAGAGGAUUGUCCUGGUUUACUCAUAAAUUUAAGUUUCAAACACAAGGGAAGGCUUUCAUGGCAAUAGUGGGACUCUGUCUUGGAUUGGCCCUCAUUGUAUUUUUUGUCAUCACACUGCUUUGGGCAUGAUGCCUCUUUCUGCCACCUUCUUGACAGGACAUUCAAAUUCAUUUGUCACCUCAAAAUGUAUAAACAAUUUUUAUUAUCAUAUUAUUUUUUUGCUCUAUAAUACAUUGUUGAAUUUUUAGCAUGCUAUAUAUGACAGUGUCUCCCAAAAUUGUACUCUUUUUCA